CUGGAAGGCUUCGCCCAAAUCUCACCGUUACCCUGGGCAACGGCGGAGCGGACCGGGAAGGGACUCUUCUGUUCGUAGGCCCCAGGUGGGACCACAGGAAAACAUUGUACUGGCAACAUGGCAGAUGUGAAAAUGUUCCGGGAGGUUCUUCCAAAACAAGGGCAACUGUCGGUGGAAGACAUAACCACAAUGGUGCUGUGUAAACCCAAACUUUUACCCUUAAAAUCUCUGACUCUGGAAAAACUGGAGAAAAUGCAGCAAGCAGCACAGGAUAUCAUUCGCCAACAGAAAACGGCAGAAGAGGAAAAACGGGAAAAAGCUCACUGACCAAUAAACUUAGCACUUCAGAAAGCAC